AUGGCCGACCCAAACCAACCAAAGGAGGACUACCUCGACAAGGGCCUGGACGCCGUUGAGAAGCAGUUCGGCAAGAAGAGUGGCCACAACAUUGACCCAGCCAAGGCUCGCAGCACCAACGAGAAGAUCACCGACAAGAUCCGCGAGACUGGCGAGAAGCUGACCGGCAAGAAGGCUCCAGAGAAGUUCAGCAACUAG